AUGGCUCCCCUGUGCCCCAGGCCCUGGCUCCCUCUGCAGAUCUCAGCUCCUGCUCCAGGCCCCACUGUGCAGCUGCUGCUGCUGCUGCUGCUCUUGGUACCUACCCAUCCCCAGAGCCCAUCCCGGAUGCAGGGGACUCCCUCCAUGGGAGGAGAUUCAUCCGGGGAAGAUGAUCCAGUGGGCGAGGAGGACCUGCCCAGUGAAGAGGACCUCCCUGGAGAGGAGGACACGCCCGGCAUGAAGAGUGAACCAGAAGAGGACUCUCUGAAGGCAGAGGAUCUACCCACUGCCGCUCCCAGCAACACCCACAGGAACAAAGAGGGGAACGACCACAGCCAUUGGCGCUAUGGAGGCGACCCGCCCUGGCCCCAGGUGGCCCCCACCUGCGCCGGCCGCUUCCAGUCCCCGGUGGACAUCCGCCCGGAGCACACGGCCCUGAGCCCCGCCCUGCGGCCCCUGCAACUGCUGGGCUUUGAGCUCCCGCCGCUCCCGGAGCUGCGCCUCCGAAACAAUGGCCACACCGUGCAGCUGACUCUGCCUCCCGGGCUGCAGAUGGCCCUGGGUCCCGGGCGGGAGUACCGCGCCCUGCAGCUGCAUCUGCACUGGGGGUCUGCGGGUCGCCCCGGCUCGGAGCACACGGUUGGCGGCCACCGUUUCCCUGCCGAGGUCCACGUGGUUCACCUCAGCACUGCAUUUGCCACAGUCGACGAGGCCCUGGGGCGCCCAGGGGGCCUGGCCGUGCUGGCCGCCUUUCUGCAGGAAGGCCCGGAAGAAAACAGUGCCUAUGAGCAGUUGCUGUCUCAUUUGAAAGAAGUCGCCGAGGAAGACUCAGAGACUCGGGUGCCAGGACUGGACGUGUCUGCACUGCUGCCCUCCGAUCUCAGCCGCUACUUCCGAUAUGAGGGGUCUCUGACCACACCCCCCUGUGCCCAAGGGGUCAUCUGGACUGUUUUCAACCAGACAGUGAGACUGAGUGCUAAGCAGCUCCACUCCCUCUCUGACUCCCUGUGGGGGCCUGAGGACUCUCCGCUACAGCUGAACUUCCGAGCCACGCAGCCUCUGAAUGGGCGAACGAUCGAGGCCUCCUUCCCUGCUGGAGGGGAGCGGACCGCUGAGACUGUUCAGCCAGUCCACCUGAACUCCUGCCUCGCUGCUGGUGACAUCCUGGCCCUGGUUUUUGGCAUUCUCUUUGCUGUGACCAGCGUUGCCUUCCUUGUGCAAAUGAGCAGGCGACAUCCAAGUGGGACCAAAGGGACCGUUAGCUACCAUCCAGCAGAGGUCACCGAGACUGUGGCCUAGAGGCCUGGAACUUGGAGAAUGUGCAGAGAAGCCAGGCGGAGGAAUCGGAGGGGAGCUGGAGACUUUGGUCUGUCUGCCUAUUACACCACUUCCUUUUUAAUCACCAAAGAUUUUUUUUUUAAUAAAUGUUUCUA